AUGUUGCUGCGUUUCCUGUCUGUGACAGGCGCGUUCUUUCUGAGCAGCUGUGCUGCGUUAUCUCUGCCAGAGCAUAAGGUCGAACUGUCCGGGCUGGAUCCCGAGUUUCGAAGCCGAAUCAUCUCCAACGCCCGUCCAACCAAUGUGCCGACCGCUCUUUGUUCAUUCUCAAAUACCGAGUGUUCAAAAGAUAUCGACCUCCAUUCCCAUCUGACCCUGGACUUCUCUACGGAAAAUGGCACCCUACUCGCCAACCAUGACCCCAUUUUCCACCCACUUUCCCAAUGCGAUUCCAUGCAGUUCGGCAUUUUCAUUCGGGCCGAGAGACUGUCGACCUGGCCUAUGAACUCGAUACUAUUCGACCUACAAGGGCGGCCCGCCUCCGAUCACCUCGUCACGAUCACAGUGACUCAAGACUCGGAGGGAAAUCUCCAAAUCACUCAACUCGAAACCAACCCCAUCCACGGUCACCACCAUCCCGACGGACCGCCAUCAUGGAUGGCCCAAUUAACCGCUAGCAUUCAGGCAAUGAAGGACGCCGUCAAGGACUGCAUGCACGGGCCAGGACCGAAGCAUGCGACCGCGCGGCCGCAGCAUGGCCACAUGCAACAGCCUCCAGUCGACAAGCACCGUACGAUCGCUCCAGAGCAUCACCCCUAUCACCACAGGCCCGGCUACUGGGCCGGCCGGGAGAAGAACUUCGGGAGACUGAUGCGUCCGGUCGUGAUGCCCGCCCUGCUGGGCGUAGUGGCGGGCGUGGUAGCGUGCAUGGUUGGAUUCGUGAUGGGCAAGAUCAUCAUCUCAGUGUUCUACUGUGUUCGGGGUUGCAGGAAGCAGAAGAAGCAGCGGGAGCAGGAGCAGUCGAGCAUCCCCCGGAUAGUGGUGGUGGAAAGCGCCUCCAGUGAAAAGGAGCGCUUACUGGCGAUGUGCGAUGAUCGUUGUUGA